AUGACUCAGGAAGAGGUUACCAAUGGCGCUACCGUGGAGAAGACCUUUACCGUCUCGGCGUUCAAGACCCAGCUGAUAGUGGAGGCGCAGAAAGUCGGCGAGGCCGUGACGUUCUACAAGUCCGUCUUCGGUGCUGUGGAGACCGGCCAUUCUCUCUACCCUAAGCGUAAGGCUGACCAAGAGCUCCCUCACGUUCUCUCUGCUGAGCUUAAGCUCGCCGGCUCUACCUUCGUUGUCUCCGACGUCACUGCUCACUCUGGUUCUAAUGCGAAGGUUGAAGGUUCUAACAUGGCGUUCAUCCUCGAAACCGAUGACGUUGAAGCUGCCGUUGCGAAAGCCGUAGCCGCCGGAGCCGUCGGAAGCAUGACAGUCGGUGAGGUCUCGGAGGGUGAAACUGAAGGAGGAGCCAAAGGAAAAGUUACGGAUCCCUUCGGCGUGACCUGGGUUUUCACCUUCCCGGAGAAGAAGACCGACGAGAACAAGGAGAACAAAGAGGUCUAA